CAGACAUUUUGCAUAAUUUUGUUAAGCUUCCGGUUUCAAGAUCAAUAUUGCAAUUUAUAAAUAAUCUUUCAGUGACAACAUUCAAGUCUAUUAAUAAUGUGAGGAGGCAUAAGUAAUACCAACCCAGGGACCACAAUGAGUAUGGAGAAGAUGUUGAGUCGCCUGCGCUCCAUGAGUGGGCCCAAACUGAAGAGCCCGACAGCAGGUGUCGCCCCAGGAAUGGGCCCUGUAUCCAUGGCAACACCUCCAAGCAAGGAGGACAUACUGAACACUCUAGAGAGCUUUGGAGAGAAGAUACCAGAUGUCUGCCCGCGAGAGGACAACAACAAUGUCCGUCGACCGAGUGCGGCCAGUGUGGUCAGUUUGGCGAGCGAAGGAAUUAUGGAGGUUGGGACAAGUGACUCGGAACCAACCAUCACCAGCAUUACACACUCAUACAGCCUGGAAUGGGAGAAGUUGUUUCUGAAGCAAGGUUACCUGCGUCACCUAAGAAACUACGCCAUACGUGGUAACCUGCGCAGUUCUCGGUUCCGCAGCGUUUCUUGGAAGCUGUUCCUAGAGGUUUUACCCGAAGACCCGAAACAGUGGAUCUGUCGCACCAAGAAGAUGAGGCAGAAAUAUGUUGAAAUCAAAGACAAGUUAAUAGUGAACCCUCGUAAGGCAGUGGAUGGCGUUGACCUCACCUUCAACAACCCCCUCUCACAGGAGGAUGAGAGUCCUUGGAACCGAUUUUUCCUCGAUAACGAGUUGAGACUCACCAUUAAACAGGACGUGAUUAGAACGUACCCGAGGAUAGAAUUUUUCCAGUCGAACCAGCUCCGUAACCUGAUGGUCGACAUUUUGUUCAUCUAUGCCAAACUUAACCCUGACGUCUCCUAUAGACAGGGAAUGCAUGAGCUGCUAGCUCCCAUGAUUUUUGUGCUACACUGCGACCACCAGGCCUUUCUUCAUGCCUCAGAGAUGGAAUCACUUGAGGAGGUAGAUCCAGACUCGCGUGAGAGAAUUAAGUAUAUGCUGGACCCAAAGUACCUUGAACAUGAUGCUUAUGCAAUGUUCUCCCAGGUAAUGGAGACAGUGGAGCCAUGGUAUGUCUCCAAGGAAGUCUAUCCUACAAGGCCAUCCAUUGACCAUUCGUCCACUCAGCCAUUUGCACGUCCACAGGACUUGAACCCUUCCAAUGUGAUUGUGACGAAAUUGACCCGGAUACAAGAUUACCUGCUGAAAAAGGUCGAUCAUGAGUUGCACGGGCAUCUCGAACGUCAGGAGAUCGCACCUCAGAUUUAUGGCAUUCGCUGGAUCCGACUGCUGUUUGGUCGAGAGUUCCCCAUGCAGGAUAUCCUGGUGCUCUGGGACGCCAUAUUUGCUGAUGGGAUCGGCUUUGACCUGGUUGACUAUAUCUUUGUUGCCAUGCUUCUCUACCUGCGAGAUCAUUUGUUGUCAAGUGACUACCCGUCCUGUCUGAUCACCCUGAUGCGGUACCCACCUGUCGGAGACAUACACUACUUCAUAGAGAAGGCUCGGCACCUCAGAGAUCCUCAUCAAUACCCUCGGCCCCCGACAUAUACCUACCAAAGUGCACAGACGGCUGAACGAACACGGACACACACCGAACACAAAGCUGCGAAUCUGGCCAAAUCCAACAGCAGCAGUACGAACACGCUGCAAUCCCUCACACGUAAACUGUAUACCACCACUUCCCGUCCAAAGACCCUUACGGUGUCUGGGCGACAGAAAAUGUCCAAAUCUUCAAGUGAGCCCAUGAACCUACAAACUGAUAUUUCCCCAGUGGUGCCCACCCCAGGUGCUGUACCUCAGCACAAGAGGGGAUCCUCGGCUAGCCUCUCACAGGUUGAGGACACAAUGUUCCGGACAGCCCCAUCAGGGUCCAGCCUGGCGCGACAGGAGAGUGUGCGGUCAGCCAUAACCACACCAGACAAUGUGUCUCUCCCUGACAGUCCGACACACCAUUCUGCUACGCUGCCCACUCGGGGAAGAAACAAGGCUAGGAAACAAAUGACUGCUCCACCGAGUGCAGCAGAAACGGAGCUGGCUGCUGUGAGAGGUCUGCUCCAUGACAAACAGUCCAUGUGUAACUAUUGUGCCAACAAAAUGGAUCUACAUAUAGAUCGUCUACAGGCGGAGUUGUUACACCAGAAUCUAGAACACGAGGAUGAGAUGCUGCUGUCUAUUGCUGGAAUCAAACAGGUUCGAGACAUACUAAAGGGCACACUCCGAUGGACCCGCAACAUGAACAAUGAUGAGGAUAUUGACAUCCACUUCAAUCACUACAAGAUGGACGUCUCUUCCUCCUUCUCAUCCUCCUCCGCAGCCACCGACUCCUCCCCCGACCUCCCUGACCCUCCCCAUGAGAGCCACUCCCUCUCUGGCGCUACCCAAUCUGGGCGUGGCUCUGAAUCAGCUCAGAUGCCCAGGGGGUAUCAUGGACGAGGGGUGACAGAAAAGCGGCUUUUUUAUGUGAGUAGCGAGGAGAACUCGGAAGCUAUAGACUCACCUAGUGAAGGGGGAGGUUCUAGUGCAAUAAAUGGUAACAUGACAUUCAAGCUGCCAGCUAAUAAGGAAUUUGAACUUGAGGACAUUCAUGUAGGGGGCAGUGGUGCUAACGGGCGCAGCAAUCGGAGGGAAAACAAGAAAGACUCUCCCUACAGCAGACAAUCCGGGCCGAACGAGGUGCAGACAGAGUUUUCCCACUCCUGGAGCCCAGAUUCUGAUAGUCCGCAGGCUCUUACAAGUCCAGAUGAGGAUAUGGAAGAGAGUCCAAAUCCAUUGUAUGCCUUAAGGCAUCGCCCGCAGUCAUUCAACACUUGACCAAGCCACACUGAUGUGUUCAGAAUGUCUGACAACUCUGUUUCAUGUGCAUGUUUGUAGUGUUAAAUUGUUGAUGCGAAAAUGUUUUACAAGAUACAUUGGAGAAUACUAUUGCAUUAAAGUAAAUUCAUGGUUCAUACAAUAUUGGAUGAACUUUAAAUUUGGGUUGGUGAUGGGAUUUAAUUUUCUUUGACAUAAUAAUUAGAUUUUACUUAAUUGUUUUGUUUUAAUGUUUUGUUUAUUUAUUUGUUAAUAAUUUUUAUAGAUUUUGUUAUUUUUAUUUGAAUUUAUAUGUUUAAAUUUUGCCAUGAUUUUAGAAAUAUUUAUUAUGAAGUAGGUUUACAAAUCUUAACUGGUGCACUACUAGGUAUUUACCAAACUGAAAUUAUAUUUUUUUUCUCCUAAUUAGGUAUCUUCAAAAUUAGGUUAAUAUUUGCCUGUUAUUUGGAGGACUUUCACUGAAAGUAUGCUGCGUUCGCAUGUCCCUUUCUUACUCAUUAACAAUUAACACAAAGAGUUCUUACUACUCUGUAUAUAAAUUAACAUUGGCCAAUUUAACUAAAAAAACUUUUGAAGCUAUUCAAUAAAACUGGUACACAUGUUACUAGAGACAAAUCACACAGCAAGGCCUGUAACUCUGGAUUGAACAUUUGUGAAGUUACACCCCUUGAUUUACUGAAAAAGGAUGAGUAUUGGCGUCCUCCAGUGAUCAAACUUAACACAAGCCCUGCACUGGUAAAAUGGCUUCCGGGCUUACUCAAAUUCUGAAUUUUAUAUAGCAGGGCUUGUUAAAAAAUUUGAUGCCAAGCAAUAGUAUAAGAAUUCGGGUUUGUCCAUCCAAAAGUCUAAUAAUCGAUGAACUUCUCUCUGAGGCGCUCUUGUAAUCACUGGCAAAAAAAAUAUUUGAUGAUCAUUUAUUUGUUUACAUGUAUUUUUAUCAUGAUCAGAUAAUUUUAAGUGCGUUUGACCCAAAACCUGUCAGAUGAAGCUUAAAAUAGAAAAAAAUUGGAAUGGGCUUAUUUCAUUCAACAGUCAAAUCAUAUUUUAUUUUAUCAAAUGGACAUCACACAUUAAGGCCGUUUCUUAUUAACGUGUGUAUUUUAUGAUCAGGUGAAUUUCAAACCUUUGGCUUAAUUUAUAUAAAAAAAUGAAACAAUUUUUCAUAAAAAUUAGUAUAAAAGAUAUCAUUUGAAAAUAUAUUAAAGGAUUUCACUUCAGUUCCUGAUCUAUAGGCAAGAUAUUGCCCUUAGCCACCCUUCGGGAUGUUUCUUUGCAAUGAUAAAAAAGGCUCAGAUAUGAAUGCAAUGUUUAGGUAAUAGAUAUAGUAAUGAUAGUCUAACAUACUGUUAUGGGAAUUUCUUUGACCACAGAAAACAGAUUGCAUCCUACUUAAGUAUGCAUGGGAUUGUACUUUUGUUUUCAGCAAUAUGGCUGAUGUUUUGUUUAAAAAGCUCCUGUGAAAGUGUCCUAUCUGUUUUUCAUCUUUAUUGCAAUAUUAUAUAUCUCUCAUGGGCACUAUUUUCUUGUCUAUAUGUUCAUUCAUGACAUAUGAAAUUAUAUUUCACGUUUCUAAACAUUCCAUUCUGUGCGAUGUUGGUAAAAUCUUCUUUUACAUUAUUUUUUUUAUCUCUUUGCUGCCUUACGGUACAAAAUAUGUUUAUAUGCUGGAUGGCCUUUAUGCAUUAAGUGGCUAUCUGUCUGACAAGGCAAAGUUUGGGGUAUUUGUUGUUUUUCUCUGACAACCCUUGUUAAACAUGUUGCAGUAUACAUGCUGACUUGUGCUAUGUCAUCUGUCUCACAGAUUAAGCAAAUGUUUGGGGUAUUUGUCAUGUUCCUGUGACAACUCUUGUUAAAACAAUCAUAUAAAUGGAAAAUGAGAUAGAACUUAGGCCAGUAGAUUAGUUCUUUUAGCUCUCCUGACCAAAGGCCAGAAGAGCUUAUGCCAUGGUGUGGUGGCCGUUGUCCUAGAGUCUGUGGGAGUGUAAAUAAUUGCUUGUGAGAGCAAUACUUUUUUCAGUUUUGAUCAAAUCCUAAUCGAACAUAAACAGUAGUUACUUAACUCCAUUUGAAAUCCGUCCUUGUAUGACUGGAUUACAGCUCUUGAUGUGCAAAAUAAUUUUCUAAGGGAGACAACUUUCUAAAGAAGAGUUGUGUAUUAUUGUAAUGUUUGUCUCCCUUUGGAUGCUAUGGCAACAUGCUCUGAAAAUGACAAAAGGAAUCCUGCUAGUAGAUCAUAGGGCCUCAUGGGCCUCUUGUUUAUCUUUUCCCUUUCGUUUAUAUUUUUGCCUAAUAUCUUCAUGAUUGUAUUCUUGUUUAAUCAUGUAAUUGUGAAAGUGUUUCUGUGAUGUAAUCAUUAACAUAAUCAUGGGGAUGAGGUUGGGUUGAAACUCUUCAAAUUGUUAUGCAUUUCUACAAAAAAAAAUCCUUGCACAUUUGGUUUAAUUUUGUCAAGAAUAAAAUUGUUGAAUAGAUAUACCUAAAAUCUUAUCUUAACCCAUAAGCCAAGGAUUUGGCUGUUUUCUGCUAAUAAAUAGCCACAAUUUGGCUUUUAUCUGCUAAUUAGUAGAAGUUGAUUUGACUGUUUUUCUGCUAAUUAGUGGCCAAGGAUUUGGCUGUUAUUUUUUUCUUAUUAGAAAUUUUAAAUGUGUUUCAAAAAAUAAUUCAUGUGCAAUAUAUGUUAUAUUUAUACACUUUAAAUUAUACAUAAUAAAAGAUAACUGCUUUU